AUGAGGAGGGGAGAGGUAGAAGAAAGAAAGAAGAGGAAGAAGAAGAAGAAGAAAGAGAGAGGAGGAGAAGAAAGAAGAAGAAGAAAAGAAGAAAGGAAGAAGAAGAAAAGGAAGAAAAGA